AUAUGGAACCCCCUCUCUAUCAAGUCUGGCAGUUCACUCGGAGAAACGGUUUAGUACGGUUCGAGUCAAAACGUGUGAACAAAUAAUUGUAAAAAUGCUAGAGGCUAAACCUGAUCCUAAUCCGACUAUUAAGUAUACGAAGCUGUUCAUUAACAACGAAUGGGUUGAUGCUGUAAGCGGUCGUAAAUUACCUACUAUCAAUCCUGCAACUGAGAAAGUCAUUGUGGAAGUGGCGGAAGGUGAUAAGGCUGACAUAGAUAAGGCGGUGGCUGCGGCUAAAGCAGCAUUUGCAAGAGGAUCCGAAUGGAGGCGGUUGACUGCCAGCGCCCGUGGAGAAUUAUUAAUAAGGCUCGCUGAUCUUAUCGGAAGAGAUAUUAAUCAGAUUGCUAGCUUGGAGUCUAUUGACAACGGCAAGCCAUUCUCUAAUAGUUUUCAAGAAGUCUACGGAAGUAUCAAAAUAUUUAAGUACUAUGCGGGACUGGCCGAUAAAGUUGGAGGACAAACGAUGCCUACUGAUGAAAAUGAACUUGGAUUCACCAGGAAAGAACCUCUUGGUAUAGUCGGUGCUAUUAUCCCAUGGAAUUAUCCAUUUAUUCUUUUGGCCAUGAAACUUGCACCAGCAUUGGCAGCUGGUUGCACUUUAGUACUUAAACCAGCCGAACUGACACCCUUGUCUGCUCUUUAUAUUGGCACUCUUAUUCAAGAAGCUGGCUUCCCCAAGGGAGUUGUAAAUAUUGUACCCGGAUACGGUGCCACUGCUGGUAAUGCUCUUGCUGAGCACAGUGACGUCAGAAAACUGGCCUUCACUGGAUCUACAGUUGUCGGACACAAAAUUCUUGAGGCUGCUGGAAGGACUACAUUGAAGCGUGUCACAUUGGAGCUAGGAGGAAAAAGUCCUCUUGUUGUUUUCGACGAUGCCGAUUUGGAUAAGGCUGUAGGCUAUACUUGUCAUGGUGUCUUCUUAAAUGCAGGACAAACUUGCAUCGCGCCCACUCGUAUUUUUGUGCAAUCAUCAGUACAUGACAAAUUUAUUGAAAAGGCAGUUGCAUUUGCAAAAACAGUAAAAAUUGGUGGUGCUUUCGAACCUGAUGUGUUUCAAGGGCCGCAGAUCAGUGAAUUGCAAUUCAAAAAAGUACUCGCUUAUAUCGAAUCCGGAAUCAAGGAAGGAGCAAAAUUGGAAUGUGGCGGAAGUCGACAUGGAACUGACGGUUAUUUUAUACAGCCAACUAUUUUCAGUAAUGUUACGGAUGACAUGAAGAUCGCUAAAGAAGAAAUUUUUGGCCCGGUCACGUGUAUCUUGAAAUUUGAAACUUUUGAGGAAGUUGUUCAAAGAGCAAAUAAUACAAAGUAUGGUUUAGCAUCUGGUGUCUUUACUAACGAUAUUACUAAGGCUUUGGAAUUUGCUAAAGCCAUUGAGGCUGGAUCAGUUGGCAUCAACCAAUGGGUACUUCCGGCACCACAUUUACCAUUUGGCGGUUACAAGCAAUCUGGCUUUGGACGAGAAUUGGGUACCAAUUCUCUUGAUGAGUUUCUGGAAAUCAAAACUAUUUCUAUAAGUUUGCCAACGAACAACUGAUUCCACCAUUUUUAUCAUGUUAUGCCAAAAUUGAUAUGAUUCUGUGAUAUUCCACCACCAAAUUCGUUGUAUUAUAAUGCGUUAUUCUUUAUGAAGCGCAGAUGAUAUAAAUUGAAUCAUAAUGAAAAUUCAAAUUAGUGAA